AUGUCUCGUGCUUUCUGGGGCUCUUAUUAUUCAAGUGAAAUGGAGAAAUCUGAACGAAAAUUACACCGGCGAUCUAUACGUGACGCCAGUAAUCCGUUCGAAUUUCCCGAUACAGAGUUCCAACACUUGUUUCGGAUGGGUAAAAAUUGUGUGCUGUACUUGUGCGAGGAGCUUAAUGAGGCACUAAAACCACUAAAUGCUGUCGAUGGACUACCAGUGCACAUAAAAGUUCUCACAUCUUUAAGGCUCUUAGCGGACGGUAGUUAUCAGCGGGGGACAGGCCAAGACCAUGGGAUGGCUGUUGCUCAAACAACAGUCAGCAAAUACCUGACCCAAGUUACUGGAGCUAUUGUCAGAAUACUAAUGCCAAAGUGGAUAUUAUUCCCGGGAACAGACUCUGCCAGGCAAAUUGUGGCUAGAAGCUUUCUAGCAAAGCAUGGUUUGCCUGAUAUUCUUGGAGCCAUUGACUGCACCCAUGUUGAUAUAUUUCCCCCACCAUUCCCACAUGGGGUGCAAUACAAAAAUAGGAAAGGGAGAUCCACAAUAAAUGUUCAACUGAUUGUGGAUGUUGAGUGCCGCAUCAUAAAUAUCAAUGCAAGGUACCCAGGACGUGUCCAUGACCAAUUCAUAUUUAAUAAUUCUAAAGUAAAAUAUGAAAUGAAACGGCUAUAUGAAAGUAGAAUCGGACAGUACUACCUUUUAGGGGACUCAGGCUAUGCACUAGAGCCUUGGAUGAUGACUCCGGUUUUGGAAGCUGCACCAAAUAGUUCUGCAGAGAAGUACACGAACUGGCAUUGUCAAGUAAGAAACUGUGUGGAAAGGGCCAAUGGGUACCUAAAAGGCACAUUUCGCAGCUUGGGCAUUGACCGGGUACUUCAUUACAGUCCCGAAAAAGCAUCUCAACUCAUAUAUGCCUGCGCAACGCUUUAUAAUAUUAUGCAUCAUUAUAGAACUCCAAUGGAGCAAAUGACAGACAAUUUUCUAAAUACGAGCGAGGAACAACAUCAAACAUCAAAUAUGGAUCAAACGAGAUUGUUAACAGUUGCUCGACAAAAAAGAGAAAUAUUAAUAAAUACA